AUGAGUAACCGGGACAAACGUAAAUGUAAAAAUGUUGGUACCAAAGACUUAACACAAUGUAGAAAGUGUGAUUUGUAUUAUCACGAACUUUGUGCUGGUCUGCGAUGUGCUCAAUGUGAAGAGUUAUUUCACUACAAGUGUUUGCAGAUGACAAGCGAAAAUUAUGAAUUUGAGAAGAAUUGCUCCAACAUAACUUUUAAAUGUGACGAUUGCGUCAAUUGUUCACCAUCUGUUGAGCAGCUAACAAUAGAUGUGAACAAAAAUAAUAAAGUCUUGUUGAAAGAAUUAGGAAAAUUACAAGAGAUGAAUGAAAAUAUCAAGUUUGAGAUUAACGGUAUCAAACUGAAAAUUAACGCCGAUAGUAAUAAAUCGUGUACGCUGGAAAAAUCCAGAGUUGAAUUGCGUGAUGAAAUGAAAAAUUUCAAGAGUGAAUUAAAGUCUUCAUGGUCAGAGGUUGUCGGCCGCGAGGUGAAGAAAAACGUCGACGUAAUAAAUUUGGAGGUGAAGAAAAAUGUUGAAGUAAUUAACCCAGAAGUUAAAUAUAAAAAUGUCAUCAAAUUAAUAAGAAUUGGGAAGAAAAAUGAAAAUGUUGUCAGACCGAUCUUGAUAAAGUUUGAUGAUUUAAAGAUCAAGGAUUUACUGUUUAAAAAUAUAUAUAAACUGAAGACAAUCGGUGAUGAUCUUGCUCAGGUAAGAUUGAGUCAUGAUCUUACCAGAGAGCAGAGAAUCAAAUUAAAAACCGUCUUUGAGGAGGACCAGAAAAAGAAUGCUGAUGGUAAAGGAAAUUUUUUAUUUAAAGUCAGGGGAGAAGUGGGAAAGUGGCAUGUGGUGCAAAUACCAACAGGAAAGACAUAG